AGAAAAAAUGCGAUUCAAGCUUAUUUGUUCUAGAUUUAGCUACAGCUGUUUUCUGGUUGGCUAGUUCCAGGUGUUUACACCCAAGCCUCACUAGAAAAGCUUUGAUGUCAUCUCUGUAUUACGUCCUCUCAUUGGUUGUUUGGUUGCUAUAUCUAUACGGAGUGCAGUUACUUGCCCUCAUUCUACCAACAUUUCACAUCGUAUCCUUAAUUGUUUUCGUUUUCCGUUGGGUAUGUCACAAAUGAAUUUUUCAAUGGCGAACAUUUCAAAUAUCUCCAAGAUAUCGGUACAUCAAAAGCCCGAGGCCUUCACAUUUAGCGCACAGACUAAAGUAAUGCUGUUUUCCAUCCUGCUUGUGUGGAGUCUUCUCGGCAACGUUCUUGUCAUUGCGAUYGUCAUAUUGAAUAAAAACUUGAGGACUAAUUUCAAUUGCCUGAUUGUCAACAUGGCGGUUUCAGACUUGUUCAUUCCCCUACUCAUCCUGCCAUUAAAGAUUGUUCAGGAGACGAAUGGACCUGACUGGUUAGUGGACGGUCCUCUUGGUGAAGCCUUGUGCAAGCUGGUUUACUUCCUGACGGAUAUAUCUCCUCUAGUCUCAAUUCUAAGCCUGGUCAUAAUCACAGUUAAUAGAUUUGUCUCCAUUACAUACCCGAUGAAGAUUGGAGUACUCCGAGGAAAGACAAGUUGGGUCCUUCUCGCCUUCACAUGGAUAGCACCAAUGGCUCUCCUCUCUCCAUACUUCUACACUUUUCGCCUGCUAAAGAAAAAUGGCAUAACACACUGUAUAUCGCUAUGGACUCCAGCCUUUGAUGACCUUGCAGCGCGGACCAUCUUCAUAACUGUGGUUAUUGUGGUAGCGUUCCUAGUGCCCUUGACAGCCAUCUUGAUAUUAUAUUCUUUAAUGCUUUACCAACUUAAAAAAAGCUCUGAUAAAGUGAUCCAUAUGUUAAAUAACCGACAACUUCUCUUUCGACAACGCAGAAACAAACAGAUUUUCUAUUUUUGCAUUGCGAUUAUUGCAUCGUUCAUUUGUUUUUUAGGACCUUUCUUUUGCUUCAUGUUUGUGCUAAACUUUGUUUGGCGUUGGGAUUUUAAGGGUAAAGUAGUAAAGAUCAGGACCAUUUUAUUUGUUGUUCAAUUUUUAGCGCAUCUUAACCCUGCUAUUAAUCCUUGUAUUUACUUUUUGUUUUUGAAAGACUAUAGAAAAGGUUUGAGAAGGCUUCUAGUAGAUUCUAAAAGAAAACCAACGUCAAUUCUGUUGCGUCGUCGUAAAUCCACCAAGAUCUCGACACUUUUGGAAUAUUUUCCUCUGGGCAAAGUUCGCAAUAAAAGCACUUCAGUUUAAGAUUAUAGCCUUCACUAUUAUACUUGUACAAAUUAGGUUUGUAAAAUAGGACACUAGGGACACUGACAAUCACGAAAACUUGCAUUAUAGUAAGAAGUUUGCAUAUUUUAUAUAACAUAUAAUUAGCUAUAACAAGAAACGCCAUGACUGAAAAUAGAUGGUAUAUUUUAGCACUCGAACAAUAACAUUUUGUCAUAUUUAUUCUUUAUUUUCUCCUACACACYGAAUACUUUUCGGCUUUGUGGGUAGCCGGUCAAAAAUAUGUCAGUCGUGAUCAAACCGGUGUCUUCAACCAGAUGUUUCCUUUAUUAGUUGCUAGGCAACUGAACUACCAAUCUAAUAAUUCGGCCCAGCGAAUAAGCCUUUUCAUAGUUUAAGAAUCGAUUCCACUGCG